GAAUAUCCAAUUCCAUAUACACUCCCUGCUCUCCCAUUCUCCUCACUGCCUGGUUACAGUCUAACGAGUGGAGUCACUGCUUUGGCAUGUGCCAUCCGACCAGGUGAAGAUGGCAAUCUAUACGCCGGAAGCGGGAUUCGAAACCAAUUCAUACGAAUCAAUCCCACUACCCGCAAGAUCGAUGUGUUCACACCACAACCAUUCGACCCUCUAGGCGACCUCCAACCCUUCAACGACCUCACAGCCGGUCCAACAGGAAUGUUCUUUAGCCAAUCGACCGCAAACCUCAUCACCCACUUCGACUACACAACCGAGCAAUUCACAAACUACCCCGUCCCAACACCUCUCUCCGCUCCUCUCGGAAUGGUAUUCUUUGAAGGCUACUUAUGGUUCGCCGAGCUCCUCGGCCAGAAAAUAGGCCGCCUCAGCCCCACCACCGGCUCCGUAACCGAAUACUCCGUUCCCCUCCCGACCCUCUCUGGCCCCGGUGUCGUCCGCGCAACAUUCACCAAACCCUCCCGCAUCUGCUUCACCGCUAUCCUCGGCGGCUCCAACGGGUGCCUGCACACCGACACCGGUACCUUCGACGUCUACCCCGGGACGGGCAUCGGUGCCGCUGUUUCGAUUCCCGGGGAGAAUACGAAGGAUUUGCGGUUUGAUGAUAUUAUCUAUUAUUCUACUGCUACGCAAAAUUAUAUAAAUAUUCUAAAUAUAACGAGUGGACAGGUGUCGAAGAUUGUGGAGCCGACGACGGUUUUGGCGGAGCCGAUCAGUUUGCCAUUUUAUUUUGAUAUUGGGAUGAAUUAUGGGCCGGGGAAGGCUGUGUGGUUCACGCAGGCUAUUUCGAAUCGGGUGGGGAGGUAUCAGUUUGCCUAAGAAGCUCAACUGGUUGGCUUUGGCGUGGGACGGACCCUUGGUGUACGACUGCUUUCUGCCUCUUCUGUUGGGCACACGCUCUAUAUAUCAGUUCCCACUAAUCAUAAUAUCCAUAAUUUGACGGCAAAGAUAUAAAUCUGUUUUAUACAU